AUGAAGAGAGAGAGAGAGAAGAAGAGUGUUACUCAGGAGCUGACAGAGAAGAAGGAAAUUAGGGUCUUGUUCAGGUCUCAAAUGCACUUCAUGAUCCAGGACAUUGAGAAGACAGCCCUGCUCUCUGAGUAUGUCAAUCUGCUUGCUGCUGAGAUGGAAUCUGAGACAGCAGACCAGAAAAUAUGGGAUUUUAAGGCACAGGUUGAUCUGGCUGAGAGGGAGCAGUGA